AUGCUUUCAAGGGCGGCACAGUUGCCGCGUGUGUGCCUGGCCUGUCGGCUGGGCAUGCUGCGACAAGCUGCUGCUGUGCCGGUUCGACAUCCGCUGAUAGCUACCAACAGCCAAUUCCUACGAUACGGCUCUGACUUUUCACCUCAGAGCAAAGAGAGAGUAGAGGCUCUCAUUUCAGGAGCUCUUGACGACAUCGAAUCGCACUCAAAAAAAAGAGGCAAAGGGAGUCGGCGGAGUGUCGCGCACGAUGAACCUGCUACUUGGGAACUCGAAGAAGAGCAUGAGUCGCAUCCUUCGAAAGACGGCAGAGCAGGUUUUGAAGAGGAAACCAGCGUAUUUUUUGAAGAUAGUUCGACCUCACGAAGUACCACCAACGAUGAACUGGCAAAUGAACCCGAGACUAGCCACAACCCGGCUGGUCAGCGUCGCACCCAUACCGAUCAGUUCCGUGACAAGUUUGUGUAUCGACAAAGCCUAGGUAUCGACGCUUUGGGCAAACCUGUCGAUGCGAUCAUUAUGAAGAACCCCAACAAGAUGAGGUUUAAUAAGAAAAAGAUCACCCAGCAAUUGGAAGAUCUUGUGCACGCUGACAAGCCUGAGGACGGUUGGACAUGGCAGUCUCUUGUACCAAAAGACUCAGAAAUAGAUGAGCCAGCUUUCACACAAAACGUUGAGAAAGUUUUUGAAGAUAUGCGACCGAAAGAUACCACAAUAAUCAGGAGGAAGGAUUUUGACAAGCUGUUGGAAGACUUGAUUUCAGGAUUCACCAGUGAACAGCUUACAACAUACCGCCAUCUUGGGAAGCGUGGUCAAAUUGAGGAGAAAUCAGCUGAACCUUCGUGCCCCUGGUUGAUCAAGCACAGUCCUUGGGUUGCCACCAACCCAAUCAAUUGGGGUCGUCUCACCCAUAAGAAGCAACAAGCAGUCGCAAUUCUAAAGGACAUGUGGAAGCUGGAAGUCCAGGAGCAUGUAGAAGGGCUUGGAAGAACAGAUGUUUGGCUGAGGCCGGAUAUCUUCAGCCUCAUUACUAAACCUCGUCGUAGUAUCCUUGGACGCCUAACUACCGACUUUCUGGACAAAUCCAACGACGAGAGGGUGACUCUAGGAUCGGAGCAAUGCCGGUUGAGUAUUUACUCCCGUAAGUCCACAGUCGCUACAUUUUUGGCACGGCUGGACGAGACCGCGCAGACUGUUCAAUCAACAACACUUUCAGUUCAACAGAUAGAGCCAGAGAAUCUGGACAGAGAUGUGUUGGACGUACUGGAGAAGGCAACCAAAACGUCCCUAUUGUAUGAUGCAGCAAAUUCGAAACUCGUGGUAUCAUGGCUUUCCAAAACUGGCGUCUCCCAUGAACAUACCGAAGGUCCGGCAGAUAUCGUCCUAAGAUUGUUGCUUGGUAGAGAAAGCACACCCCAAAACACAGAUAUCCAGGUCCUUUCCAAGCCCAAAUCAAAGACAGGAGUGUUCCUAACCCAUCAACGAGAUAAACGCAACAUGGCUUGGAGGGAUAGGUUACGACAGUGGUCUCGCUAUGUUAAGCCUAUCGGCAAAUCCACAGCGACCAGUGCGAAGAAUUCGGAGCCCCCUCUCAAAGUCAGCUUCAUCAAGCCAGAGUUGAAAUCCUCCAACGGAGAUGUUGAAGUCACAGCGACAUUCGGUCACGUACUGCACACCGAACGGCGUCUUCACCAAAUCAAACAAUCCAAGGGCCACCGGGUUCUUGCGCCAGUCAUCCCGCAUCCUGCAGCCCUCACUGCAAUCACAGCUGACACACCAGCCCCGAGCACCCAAAAGACUGCCAUUGUUCUCAACUUUGCACCAGAACAUCUACCAGGGACCUCACUGCCCGAACCUCUACCUCAGAUUCGACUCCAUUUACCAGUCAGCCCGUCCGCUGACCUCUCCAACUUUUUAUUCCCCGAUACAUCAGUCCUAGAGGCCGUCAUCCCCCUGCAAGAAACCAACAUGAUGCUUCCAUCAGAAAGUGUAGACGUUCGUAUAACUCAAAAGCAGCUUAUUCCACUCGAUGCCAAUCAAUCCUCCCUGCAGCAAUUCUUGCAGGCUUCCGACUUCAAUCUUUUACAGGGGCGUUUAAAAACACCCAGUAGAACAAAUUUUACCCUACCUGGCCAUCUAUCUACCCACCAAACGCACUCUGCAGAAUCAGUCACCCACCCAUACAUGUUUAUGGGCCUUGACAUCCAUCAGACCAUCAACAUGGAAUGGCAAUCACACACCCUCCGUUACAGCAGCAUCGAAGCCGGCCAACACGGCGGGCAACAGCAGAGACUCUCCCUCAUAGCCGGUCCUCCGAAUCGCGACUGCAAUAUUGAUGAGGAGCAAUUCCAAAGUUUCUUGAAGCUCGUUGAGGAAACUGCCUACGGGAAGCAUUUCUCAUGGGAUGAGGGCUACAAACUCAUGACGCAGCGGUCCGUCGAACAAUUUGAUUGGGACAUGAUGGAUCCAGAGUACCAGCAGGAACCUAGUCUCGCUGCGGAAACGAGGGAAGAUGCUCCUCAGGAAGACUCUCCCGAGACACAAGAUAGACAGACGGACCAGGUUGAUAUGUCAAGCCAAGAUGCCGAGGGAGACAGUGCCAAGGACGAUGCUGAGUCCGAGCCUAUUGUGCCUGUGGAUGCGGCACGGCCAGAAACAGAAUUAAGGUUUGACAAGCUGUAG